UCCCACUCCAAGUGGCCCGAGGUUUUUGUGAUGAACAGCACAUCGGCCGAAGCAACUAUUGAAAAGCUGAGGGAGCUGUUUAGUCAUUUCGGUCUGCCAGAUGUUGUUGUCAGUGACAAUGGCCCCCAAUUUUGUUCCCAAGAAUUUCAGAUUUUCUUGCGAGAGAACGGUGUGAGGCACGUCAGGACCGCCCCCUACCAUCCAUCAAGUAAUGGGCUGGCUGAGCGUUUCAUCCGCACCCUGAAGGAGGCCUUACGAAAAGAGAUGCCGGGCCGGCCUCUGUCCCGUCGACUAGCAAGUUUCUUGUUAGCUUACAGAAACACACCGCACGCCACAACCCUUCAGAGUCCUGCGGAGUUGCUGCUUGGGCGGCGGCUCACUACCCGUCUCGACAGACUGCGACCCUCUGCAGAGGAAACUGUUCACCGCAAGCAGGACGUGCUACAGGUGAAGCACAGUGGCAAACACCGACACUUCGUGCCGGGUGAUAAGGUGUACGUCAAGAACUUCCGGCCGGGUGAGAGGUGGUUGCACGGAGUCGUCAUGGCUAGAUCCGGACCGGUCUCCUACAGGCUUCGCGUGACCACACCGCGGGGGACCUUCGUGUGGCGGCGACACCAAGACCACCUGCGGUUGCGGGAGAGCUCUACCCCAGAGGAGGAGGAAGGUGGUUUGCUGAUACCGAGUGUCCUGCCAUCAUCGCCAACCCCAGGGCAAGGGGGACUCGUGAACGAGCUGCCUCCAGUUGGGUCACCGGUGGUAGAGGGACAAGACAUGGGACCAACUCCAGUCUCCGGUCGUUCCCCAGCCCAGCCGCAAGAAAUUCAGCGCCGGUAUCCCGAACGGCAACGGCGUGCGCCUAAUAGGUUUUCGCCUUGAGAAGGAAGAGAAAAAGACGAGGACUUUGUGUUUUUUUUCAGAACUGUAAUUAUUUUGUAUUUAGUAUGUCUGUACUUUGUACUUUCCAGAACUUCAAUUAUUCUCGUGUUUUGUUAAAUUGUCAUAUCGUGUUACUUUGUGAGUAUUGCACUGGAACGCCGUCGAAUGGUAUUACUGUGCUGAACUAAGUGUGGGGGAGUGUUGUAUGGGUGACACAAUAAGCGGGCAACAGCUAGCGCGCGCUCGUGCGUCUCGCGCCACUGUUCCUGGGCGCCAUAUCUAUCUGAGCCAGCGCACCGUUUGCACCACCCGCUGCUAUCCUGCCGCUCUCUCACGCCCGUGACUAUGUGUCGUACUCCGGUAGUCCUGCAAUAAAGAUGUGCCAGCGAAGAACCCCAUCGGCCUGUUACUCCA